AGCUUUCUAGACUUCCGGUUUAGUUGUCAGGGUAACCUGCCGGGUCUUAUUUGAAACCCUUUAGAAGGGCGGUGAAAGUUGGAGCUUUAUAAUUUGUUUGCCAACCGCCAAGAAACUGCAGAGAAAAAAGAAGAAGAAGUUGGGCUUAUUUGGCUUGGAUUAAUGGGCAACUAGCUUGUGGAUCUACUCCGCUAGCAUACUGUGGUACUUUUCAACAGUGAACAUUUUAGCCUGAAGCGGAUAUGACUCAACAAGCUGCUGCGCUGCAGACUUAUAACAACGAACUUGUUAAGUGUAUUGAGGACCUGUGCUCAAAGCGGGAUGAGCUGAACCAUCAGAUUAAGCAGGAGGAAGAGGAGAAAGAACGGCUACAGCAUGACAUCCGGAUCCUCUCAGAGAAGCUGAGCCGAGUCAACGAGAGCCUAGCACAAAGACUGGCUGCUCGCGCUACCUUCGACCGAACCAUCGCAGAGACGGAGGCUGCGUACACAAAGAUCUUGGAGAGUUCCCAGUCUCUCCUGAGCGUCCUGAAACAGGAGGCUGGAAACUUGAGUAAAGCCACAGAGCCUCGAAGAAAGGAUCACUAAUAACUGUGUAUUUCCAUCUUACUGUUUGUAAUAUAGUUUAUUUUCUUGUAAAUUUUUUAAUUAAAUAAAUGUGUUUCUCAGCUUAAAACUGAAUGACUCCUUCAUAAGCCUUUUUUUGUUAGUCAUCUAAUUUAUUUUUUCUUUCAAAAUAUUUUCAUUAAAUUCAAUUUUUUUUCCAUGUAAAUGCUGCACAGUGUGAUAUGUAAACAUUAAGAUCUGAAGCUUUAGAAAGAAAACAAAAUUUGAUAGCAACUUAAACCAAAGCAAAACCCUAACCCAAAUCAGCCGCAGUACUGAUUACAUAAUUAUUCAUUGUUGCUGGAUUACAAAAGAAGUAACCAAACAACUAGAAAUAAAAUUAAACAUUAGAGGGAAGACAAAACAUGGAUAUAUCUCAGCUCGCCUGAUAAUGAUGAAAGAAGCUUAGAAUAGAUCCCCACACAGUAGGAAAAUUCUUAUCUGAGUUAAAGAUUGAGUAGCAAAAUUUCUCAAGGGUAAGACAUGACAUAACAUCUCUAAGCCCUUGACUAUGGGUGGGCGGGGCAGCUUCCCUCCCAUCUUAUGAGAAUGGGGUGCAGAGCUAGAAAAGAGGUAAAAGACACCUUCAUCAGCCUGAAGCCGUAUGCAAAUAGUACUGUGCUAGUGCUGCCAGGUGAUUGGUUAUGGAACCUACGGCUGUGGCUCCGCCCUUCUUCACUGGGAUUGGUCACCAGCUGCUCCAGACCUCUGUGACUGGCCAUUCAGGAAGACUCCCCUCCUUUAAAUACCUUGGAUUGCCUUCAUUUGAGGCAGCUGUGUGUGAUUGCUACAUAGUUUGUCACUUUGGACUGAACACUGAGGUGUUUGCUGUUGGUUACCCAGUGUGUGUUUUGUUUGCUGUAUAGAACAAUUUGUAUUUUGGGAUGAUUAUUGAGCCUCAGAUCUUCGUUCGGCUGAAGCUCUAUAGGUCUAUGAAAGACACGUAACCCUGAGUUUUAUUUAUUUUUCCUUUUGUUAUUCGUAAGUCACCGUUGGGGAGGGUUAAACCUGUUAUAGGACACUUCAAGUUAAGUUUUUGAUUACCUGAGUUUUGCCUUAGUGUCGAAGUUUUUUUUUUUAUUUCAUUGUGUAUAUAUUGUAUACUACUGACUUGUUAUAAAUAAAUUUGUUUUAUUAUUAUAA